CCAAAAUUCUCGGUCACACGUUCUCCAUCGUCGCACUUUUCACGCUCUCUGUCUUCUUCUUCUUCUUCUUCUUCUUCUUCUUCUUCGUCAACACAGACCUCAAAAAACCAACAAAAAUGUCAGACAACAAUCCAGAAAUCGAAUCAUCAACCUUCAACUCACUAAACAUCGACGUAACCGAAUCAAUCCUCUCUCAUCUCCCAAUCCCUUCCUUAGUCCGUUUCACUCUCGUCUCCAAGCUAUGGCGUUCAAUCAUAACCUCUCUUCCUCCAUCUCCUUCUCCUUCUCCUUCUUCUUCAUCACCAUGGCUCUUCCUCUUCGGUAUCCACAACACUUGCUCUUUCCAUAACCAAUCCUUCGCUUUCGAUCCUCUCUCCGACGCUUGGCUCCGUCUCCCUUCCUCCUCCUCUUCCUCCGAUCAUCUCGUCGGAUCUAAUCGAUUCCUCUUCACCACCGCUCCUCGGUUCUCGUUCUCUCCGAUUCUCAAACCUAAUUGGCGAUUCACUUCCCCUGUUCGAUUUCCCAGAAUUAACCCUCUGUUGAGCGUGUUCACGACUCGUUCUGGCUACUCCAAGUUAAUCCUCGUCGGUGGUUCUUCGCGAAUCGGUGGAUUAGUCGAUAUCGAGGAGAGAUUAGCUGUACAAGUCUACGAUCCGGUUCUUGAUUCGUGGGAGCUUUGUUCACCACUCCCUGCUGAUUUCAGAUCUGGUCAGGAUCACCAAACUCUAACUUCGGCUUUGUUCAGGAGAAGAUUCUAUGUUUUCGAUAACUAUUCGUAUUUCAUCUCGUCGUUUUGCUUGGAUUCUUAUACGUGGAGUGAUGUUCAAACGCUUAAACCACCUGGACUCUCGUUUGCGUUCUUAAAUUCGUGUAAUGAUAUGCUUGUUCUUGGUGGAAUGUGUGGUUUCUCGUUUAUUCUCUGGAGGAUCGAAGAAGGUUCGAUGGAGUUUAGCGAAAUCGCGGUUAUGCCUGAGGAUUUGUUGUUUGGAUUAGUUGAUAAUGAAGAUGAGGAGGAAGAAGAUAGUAACAAGUUUAGGUCUUUGAAAUGUGUUGGCUCUGGGAAUCUUGUUUAUGUGUUUAAUGAUGAUUGUCACAAGAAGUUUCCAGCUUGUGUAUGUGAGAUUGGUGGUGGUGAGAAUGGGAAGUCUAGUUGGAGAAGAGUGCCUCGUUUGCCUUCUCCGGUUAAUAAGUUUCAUAAAGUUGUUAGUUUCUGCUCAACGGUAGAUAUUAGCGAUGUUUUCCACCCCGAGGAAGCUCAGAUUGGUGGUUUGAUCCGCAUUUGAGUUUGCUUACUUAUGCCACUGUUUAGGUGUACUAAUGACUUCGUACCUCGUAACUUGGUAGCGUAUGCUGUAAAGUGGAGAUGAAGGGAGAAGAACAAUAAUGGGGUGUGGUAAAAGAUGGUUAUCAAUUUAUCAUGGUAAUCAUUUACCUGUAAUUAGGUGUAAACUGGAUUCGAACUCUUCGUUCAAAAUGUUUAUAUUUUCUGUGUUUCUACUGUUUUAUUUGUUUUAGAAUAAGAUACUCAGACGAUUCCAUAUACAUAUAUGUAUAUUCUACUGAAUCAUUUACAUACAUAAACAUAUUUACUGAA